AUGUCGGAACAAUGUUCUGUAGAAAUGUGCAAAAGUUCGUCACGUACACAAUGUCAUUGUUGUAAAAAGAAUUUUUGUCGUAGUCAUUUUAAUGAACAUGAUAAUUUACCAAAUUUACAAUUGAAUACAUUUGCUGAUGAAAUUAAUAUACUAAAUAAUCGUCUUCAAGCAUUUAAUCUUAAUAUAGUGACUGAUGAAUCUCGUCAAAAACUUGAAAAAUGGCGUGCUAGUUGUUACAAAAUAAUUGAUGAUAUAUUUGAACAAACAUGUCAAAAGAUUGAUCAACGUAUAAAUGAAAAAAUUGAACGACAACGAAAUGAAAUUCUAAGGAUAAAUUUCAUAAUUGAUGAACUUAUUCAAAAACAAGAAACAACAAUGACAGAUAUUGAUUUACUGCAAAAAGCUAUUCAUAAAACUGAACAUGAUAUAGAUAAUAUAGAGUAUACACGUUUUGAUGUUAUUAGUCGUUCAUUAGCUAUUGAUCAUAGUUUAAUUCAGAUUGAAGAAUUACACCUACCUCAAUUUAAAUUAUCAUCACUCAUACCUCCUUACAAAACAAUAGAUCGUAUGAAUGGUGGUCGCCAACAUAUAGCAAUUAAUGAGCAGUUUUGUUUGAUACAUCAAGGAUUAGAUUUAUAUUUGAUGGAUCAGAAUCUAACAGUAAUUAGGAAAAGUCAAGAAAAUUUUGAUCAUGUUUAUGAUAUGUGUUGGUCAUCAACAUUGGCUCAAUUUAUUCUAUUAGAUCGACAUACUAUCUUCAUUCUGGAUCCGAAUACAAUGUUAAUUCAACGUAUACCCAUAGAUCAAGAUCGAAGAUGUUGGUCAUGUACAUGUUCUGAUACAUCUUUGUUUCUCUCUACAUUAUUUUGUGGUUCAUCAAUUUUACAAUAUAGCUUAUUACCGUCUAUUCAAUUUGAAAAAGAAUGGAAAUCACCCGAGACUUGUACGCGACGUCAAAUGAUUAUAGGAACUGUGUGUAAAAAUGAAACAAUAGCUAUGAUAAUUGUCGAUCUUGUAGAAAAAGAAAAACGAAUAGAAUUAAAAUUAUCAAAAACUUUCGAACGAUUAUGGUCACUUAAAUUAGAUGUCGUAUAUAGCGAUGGUUAUCUAUCAUGUUGCUCUCUUAAUCAUGGACAUUGGUUAUUAUCAGAUUAUAAUACAUCGAGUCUUAUACAUAUCUCUUCAGAUGGUAAAAUAUUGGAAACAAGUACAUAUAAUGAAAAGCCAUGUCGUAUUAAUCUAUUUCAUAGAAAUAAAUUAAUAAUAACAACUGAUGCAAGCAUAAACUUCCAUAGGUUAAUUUGA